GCAAAGCUUCGAUCUAGUUCUAUUGCCUAAUUACCGGCUCUCUCUCUGAAUCAGCUGAGUGUCCCCCACAUUGGAAUAUCGCAUAUGUAAUUUUAAACCGCAUUUGAAUUUGGCAUGUACAAUUCGGCCAAAAAAUUACAGCGUGUGCUAAGCGCACGCGAGAUACGCAAAACAUUCAUAGACUACUUUACGCUCAACCAUGAGCACAAGUUUGUCCGCUCCAGUCCCGUGGUGCCGUUCUGUGAUCCCACCGUUGCCUUUGUCAACGCGGGCAUGAACCAGUUCAAAUCUGUGUUCCUGGGCACAGCAGCAGCGCCACACAAGCGGGUUGUCAAUUCACAGAAGUGUGUGCGCGUUGGCGGCAAACACAACGAUCUGUCGGUUGUUGGUCAGGAUGGCUAUCAUCACACAUUCUUCGAAAUGUUGGGCAAUUGGUCCUUUGGUGACUACUUUAAGCGCGAAGCCUGUGCUUUGGCCUUAGAACUGCUGCGAGGACCUUACAACAUCGAUAUGGGACGAUUGUAUGUCACCUAUUUUGGGGGCGACAAAGUGCUUGGAAUACCUGCAGACAUGGAAUGCUUUGAAAUCUGGCGCAGCUUAGGGUUCCCAACUGAGCGUAUUUUACCCUUUGGCUGCAAGGAUAACUUUUGGGAAAUGGGUGCAACAGGACCAUGUGGACCUUGCACGGAAAUUCACAUCGAUCACAUACCUGGCUCUGGCCCAAGUGCCGUCAAGGAGCGAGCUAAGCUAGUCAAUGCCGGGCAUGCAGAUCUGACGGAGCUAUGGAAUUUGGUUUUCAUUCAAUAUAAUCGCAAUGCCGAUGGCAGCAUAACACAGCUGCCCGCCAAGCAUGUGGAUACGGGCAUGGGAUUCGAGCGUUUAACAGCGAUACUGCAGAAUAAAUCAUCCAACUAUGACACGGAUCUAUUUACGCCGCUCUUCGAUGGUAUCCAAAGUCUGGCUAAAGCACCUAUUUACGGAGGCAGCUUUCCCGAUUCCCAUAAUGCCGCAUUGCUUGACACAAGCUAUAGAAUAUUGGCCGACCACACACGCAUGAUUAGCGUAUGUCUAGCCGAUGGCAUGCUGCCAGACCAAAAUCAGAAAUUGCGACGUGUGCUGCGCAAGGCAUUCAACAUUUCCAAACAGGUGUUUGCCCAUGAGAAUUUGCUUGCGGAGUUGAUUCCAAUUGUAGCAGAAACACUGGGAGAUGCUUAUCCAGAGAUUGCGUCCAAGCAACAGUCGGUUAUUGAAUUAAUUGCCCACGAGCAGGAUGUGUACAAACAUUUAUGUGCGAGUUCAUCGAAAGCUUUCGCUGAGGUGCUAACAGAAUUCCCCAAACUGGAUGAUAUUGAUUUAAUGGAGUGUCCCGGCUUUGUCCCUGCUUAUCGCGAGUUUCAAGUGCAACGCUCGAAUUUCCCCAACAACACAAUACCAGGUGAUUUUCUGUAUAAACUAACGGACACUUAUGGUCUUAGCGAAGAGAGCUUCCUCAAGCUAGCUGAGCUAGAGAAUAUGAACUGUGAUUUGGAGCGAUAUCGUGCCGAAUUGGCUGUGGCCAAGCUUAGAACUAAGCAACCGCUGCGCAAUGGUGUUGCUGGUGAUUUUGCAAUGGAGCAACGUAUUGCAAAUGCCCAAGCGCUGCUCACCAAGAAAUUGCCCGCCACGGACAACAGUCACAAAUACACAUACAGCUAUGAUGUGGCAAAUGAAUCCUAUGAAAUUCCAGUGCUGAAAAGUCGUGUGCUUGGCAUGCUGCACAACGAAACGGAGGUGUCGAACACUCAGGGUGAACGCCUCAAUGCCAAAGUGGAUACGUUGUCGAUUGUGACGGAGGCCAGCUCUUUUUACUAUGAAGCCGGUGGACAGCAAUCUGAUCUUGGCAAGCUGUUAGUACAAACCAAACAAAAACCCAGUGAACCACAUCAAUUGGAGGUGUUGGAUGUGAAGCUACUCAACGGUUGUGUGGUGCAUGUUUGUGGUUUGAGCACUCCCAUCGAAGACCUCGAACUUGCCGUUGGCGAUGAGAUACAGUUGGAGGUGAAUGCCAAGCAUCGGCAGCUGAACAUGUGUCAUCACACAGCAACACAUCUGCUAAAUGCCGCCAUUCGUUCGCUCUUCAACAAGGUGACAUAUCAGGUUUCGAGCCAGGUUAACAGCGAGCUGUGCAAACUAGAAGUGGGACUGCUGGGCAAACGCAUACAGAAGAGUGAUGUGCAGCACAUUGAAGAUCUAAUCAAUCGCGCAAUUUGUGCUGCUUCCGAUGUCAAAGUGCAGCAUCUGAGUGCUGCCGAUGUUCUGCAACAGAAUGACAUAACUAUGAUACCCGGAGAGGUUUAUCCCGAGCACGGCCUGCGUUUGAUUAAUGUGCAAUGUCCAGAGCUGAAUCUGAGUUCCAAGGAACUAUGCUGCGGCACACAUGUGAGAAACACAAAGGAGCUGUCCAGUUUCUGCAUUAUUAAUCUCAAGCAAACGAAUCGAGCGCGUUUUGCUUUCACAGCAGUCGCUGGAGAUGCUGCUGAAAAUGUGCUAAAGACAGUGGCUCUUUUGCGUCAUCGCGUGGAUAUGCUGGAGGAGCAAUUUCAGUCAGAUAAGCUGACCAAUGCCACAGAGAAUGAGCUGCAAACCAUACGCCACAACAUUCUGCACUCGUCUAUCAAAUUGCCGUAUGCUUUUAAAAUGGACACUCUCGAACGCAUCAACGAUAUGCUGCGAAAACUCAAGGAAACAUCGCGUACAACACUUAAAGAAUUCGUAGAGGUUGAAAUGCGCAAUUUAUUGUUGGAGAAGCCGCUGGACACAAAUCCCUACAUUUUGCAUUAUAUUACUAGCUCAGCGUUGGUGGAGGAGAUUCCCCUGCAGCGAGCCACAAAAUUAUGCACAGAUCGUCCCAUUCUAGUUGUCAGCAUGUGCAACAACAUUGUUAAAGCACGAUGCUGCGUACCUAAGAAUUGUACCAGCGAACGCUUUAAUGCCACACUUUGGCUCCAAUCGUUUGCCAAAACAUUUGGCGGCCAGGUGGCAACGCCCAAAGGCCAGAAUGCUGAGCUCAUGUGCAAUAUGAAAGGCCGCAAAGUGAACACGCAGUUUGAGGAACAAUUGGAACAAGCUAUGUGUAGUGCUCAGGCUUAUGCCAAGUCUCAUUUAGACUUUUAA